AUGGUUCAUCACGACCCCCACCAAGGCGGCAGUCUCUCUGAAAUGGCCGCCCAAGGCACGUCCAUGCCCAACGAUGCCGGUAUGAUGAAUACCAUUCCCUCGGUGCCCCGCCCAGACCAGCGCGCCGAGAAUUUGGGCUUCGAGAACGAAGGCAUCGCUAAGCCCUCCACAGCGACGGCCGCUGACAACACAACAGACUUGCCACGCUCCACCCGGGAUGUGGGCGAGUCCGGCGAUGUCAUCAGCGGCACGGGCAAUUCUAUGCCGGCCGGCAUCGAGGCCAAGCAUGCCUAUAUGGGUCCUAAUCAUCACGCUGGACAUGGCGAUACUCGCGAUUUCAAGCAUGCCAAGUAUGGCCAGAGUGUAAUCGAGCGCUACCAGGAGGAGUAG